CGCAAAAGUUUUAGCUUCGCCAGGAUUACUUGGGGGUGUUUGUCCCGAACUGCGCCUCCCGGCCAGCCUCCAAAUCUACUGUUGAAUCUCGAUAUGCCACCUGAAAACUCACACUUUAAAACAGGAGUUUACUACCAUUCGCACCCUUGACCCUGACCAUCCCCGCCCCCCACACUGGGGCCAGCUGGGGCGUGUGUCUGCAGGGUGCACGAUGCCCUUGGGGGCGUCGUGACCCCAGGAGGGUCUUGCGCUUUAAGAUGGGGUUUCAGGUGGAGCGGGAACCGGCAGAGCGGCGCCAGGUGAGCCCGCCUGCCCGGGACGCACGUGCUUGGCCCGCGGGGCGCGAGCUGAGUCUCGCGAGUGGGAACCCGCGGGUUCGGACCGGUUGCCAAGCGAGCGCCUGGCCCAGUGCUUUUGGGGUCCGCGGAGACUCGGUCGGCUUCGAUCUUUGUACCCAGCGGCUCCUUACCUCGCCGGAGGCUAUGCCAGGCUAGGCUCCGGCCUGGGCGAAUGUGGCCAGCCGCUGGGCACUGGGCUGCAUCGGGCCACCUGCACUGGGGGAAAUGGACCCAGCUGGGGCUGCCUCUGCCUUUGCUGAUAACCAGCCUGAUACUGCGUGCCCUGGAGGAGAAGGUCAGCAAGGGAACGCCCCGAAACUCUGGAUUUACACCUCCAUAUCCCAGCAUGCCUUCCGAGACACCCCAAGCAGAAACGGGGUCUGCAGGGUGCCCCCACCUCUCAGGGGCACACCUAGGGAAAGGGAGCCUGGAGAAGGGACCUCCGGGGGACAAGGAAGCCAAGGAGCGCCUGUGGAUCCGUCCCGAUGCCCCAAGCAAGUGUUCCUGGCAGCUGGGCAGGCCGGUCACUGACUCCCCUCAUCACCACACUGUCUUGACCAAAUCCCCCCAAAUCUUGCCCGACAUCCUGAAGAAAAUCGGGGACACCCCCAUGGUGAGAAUCAAUAAGAUCGGAAAGAAAUUUGGCCUCAAGUGCGAGCUCUUGGCCAAGUGUGAGUUCUUCAACGCGGGCGGGAGCGUGAAGGACCGUAUCAGCCUGCGCAUGAUUGAGGAUGCCGAGCGGGCCGGGACCCUGAAGCCCGGAGACACCAUCAUUGAGCCGACGUCUGGGAACACAGGGAUCGGGCUGGCCCUGGCUGCCGCCGUGAAGGGUUACCGCUGCGUCAUCGUGAUGCCGGAGAAGAUGAGCACGGAGAAGGUGGAUGUGUUGCGGGCCCUGGGGGCCGAGAUUGUGAGGACGCCCACCAUGGCCAGAUUUGACUCCCCGGAGUCCCACGUGGGGGUGGCCUGGAGGCUACGGAACGAGAUCCCCAAUUCUCACAUCCUGGACCAGUACCGCAACGCCAGCAACCCCCUCGCUCACUACGACACCACCGCCGAGGAGAUCCUGCAGCAGUGUGACGGGAAGUUGGACAUGUUGGUGGCUUCGGCGGGCACGGGUGGCACCAUCACGGGCGUCGCCAGGAAGCUGAAGGAGAAAUGCCCAGGGUGCAAAAUCAUCGGGGUGGAUCCCGAGGGUUCCAUCCUCGCAGAGCCCGAGGAGCUGAACCAGUCGGAGCAGACAGUCUACGAGGUGGAAGGGAUCGGCUACGACUUCAUCCCCACGGUGCUGGACCGGACGGUGGUGGACAAGUGGUUCAAGAGCAACGAUGAGGAGGCCUUUGCCUUUGCCCGGAUGCUGAUUGCACAGGAGGGGCUGCUGUGCGGUGGCAGCGCCGGCAGCGCCAUGUCGGUGGCCGUGAAGGCUGCCCAGGAGCUGCAGGAGGGCCAGCGCUGCGUGGUGAUUCUGCCGGACUCGGUGCGCAACUACAUGUCCAAAUUCCUGAGUGACAAAUGGAUGAUGCAGAAGGGCUUCCUGAAGGAGGAGGACUUCACCGUGACAAAGCCGUGGUGGUGGCACCUGCGAGUUCAGGAGCUGAGCCUGUCGGCCCCGCUGACGGUGCUGCCCACGGUCACCUGCGAGCACACCAUCGAGAUCCUCCGCGAGAAGGGCUUCGACCAGGUGCCCGUGGUCGACGAGUCAGGGGUGAUCCUGGGGAUGGUGACCCUGGGGAACAUGCUGUCGUCCCUGCUCGCUGGGAAGGUUCAGCCGUCAGACCAAGUUCGAAAAGUCCUCUAUAAGCAGUUCAAACAGAUCCGGCUGACGGACCCGCUGGGCAAGCUGUCGCACAUCCUGGAAAUGGACCACUUCGCCCUGGUGGUCCACGAGCAGAUCCAGUCGCGGGACCUGGCCUUGACGGGCGUGGUGGGGGGGCCCUCAGACCACAGCAACGGCAAGUCCAGUCAGAGGCAGACGGUGUUCGGGGUCGUCACUGCCAUCGACUUGCUGAACUUCGUGGCCGCUCGGGAGCGCGACCGGAAGACCAAGUCAGGAAGCACCUCGGAGCCCAGACCUGCGGGGGCCACGGUACAGCUCUGACCACGCCCUCGCCUCGCCGGGGUCCGCGCUCUACCUUUUGUAAACACAGAACCCACACGCGUGAUUUGUAACUGCCUGACGCUGGGCGCUGUCGUCAGGAGCGGGUAGCAAGCAGCGGGUGUGGGAUGCUUAGCCCGGGGCCAGCGUGGACGCUAGCUUCCCUUUUACUAACACCUGGCCGCCUCGGUGAAUCCGCUUACGGUUUAUUGGAGUAGAUGUGCGUUUCUUUCCCUUUCUUCUAAAACGGCUCAGCAAGGAAAUCUUAUCAAACAGGAUACAGCCAGGUGGGUGAGCCCUCGUGGCAAAUGACCAGAGCAGGGUGGAUAAAAGCGGAGGAAAGUGCUCUUCUGGAGAAGGGCCUACGAUGGGGAGCAGCAGAAAGGCGGCCAGGGAAGGAUGGGCCUGUUUGGAGCCCUCACACGGAGGUGCUGUCUCCUGGGUACCGGGGCUGGUUACAGUGACUUCAGUGUUUGGGGGUUUCUUAAUUGAGGUGAAAUUCACAUAACCUUAAAUGAACGAUUUAAAAGUGUAAGUUUUUGGGGCGCCUGGGUGGCUCCGUCGGUUGAGUGUCCGACUUCGGCUCAGGUCACGAUCUCGCGGUUCGUGGGUUCGAGCCCCGCGUCGGGCUCUGGGCUGACGGCUCGGAGCCCGGAGCCUGCUUCGGAUUCUGUCUCCCUCUCUCUCUCUGCCCCUCCCCUGCUUGUGCUCUCUCA